GGACGACCGCCCUGCUCUGCCGGUGAGACGGGAAAAGGCCACGGACCUGCGAAAGAGUGUGCAGCUGCAGCGCCCAGCUCCACCAGACGUGCCGGUGCGGAGAUCCUUUGACCAGGGGCGGCCGCUUUCGCUGGCCUUUGACGAUGGCGCGAGGACCAUGGCCCCACCGCGGCGGACGCAAACGACCGACGCCACCACCCCAACAAUCAUCUCGCAAAGCCUCGCAGGCCUACACAUACGACUCGGACGACGACGAAAGCUCCCCUGAGAAGCAGCAGGCGGCAGCCCUGACCGAUUACCCAGACUCAUCGCAGGCGAAUCGGAGACCCCCGCUGUUUCCAGACUCCAUCGGAGGGAUCCCCACAGGAUACGACACGAAGCUGUUUGCCGUCUGCGGCGACUACGUGUGCACGACGGGCUACAUGACAAACGUGUGGAACGUCCUCAACGGACGCCUGCUCAUGACCAUGACGCACGGCGACACUGUCAAGGCUACAGCGCUAGCUUUCAGGCCAGCCAAAGACGUCGAACACGAGGGCAAGCGCUUGUGGCUGGGCAUGAACACGGGCGAGAUGCACGAAAUCGACAUACCCACGCAAAGUGUGGUGUUUACUAAGAAUGCGCACCCACGGGCCGUGAUUGCCAAGAUCUUUAGGUAUGCGGGAGAGAUGUGGUCGUUGGACGAGACGGGCAAGAUUCACAUCUGGCCCGCGGACGAGUCUGGCUCGCCUUCGCUGCACCAGGCACCGCUCACGUUCCAGAUCCGUGGAGGGCACACGUUCUCCAUUGUGUCUGGAUCGCAGCUGUGGGUCGCGUACGCCAAGGAGCUGCGAGUGUAUAAGCGCACAGGGGAUCACAAUUACUUCCAGCAGCUCACCGACAGCCCGCUGUCGCAGCUCAAUGUGCAAGACGUGACCUCGGGAGCCAUUGUCAGCAGUCAGCCGGACCGCAUCUACUUUGGCCACAUUGACGGCAAAGUCACCAUAUACGCAAAGAAAGGCUUCGAAUGCCUGGGCAUCGUCAACGUCAGCGUCUACAAGAUUAGCUCUCUUGUCGGAGCUGGCGAUUACCUGUGGGCGGGGUACAGCACGGGUAUGAUCUAUGUGUACGACCCGGCAUGCACGCCCUGGAAGGUCUUGAAGGACUGGAAGGCCCACGAAAAGCCUAUUGCGGGAAUCAUUGCAGAUCGAACGAGCAUCUGGAAGCAGGACAGGUUUCAGGUCGCAUCCCUGGGCACAGACACAAUGCUGCGCAUCUGGGACGGCAUGUUGAAGACGGACUGUCUUGAAGCCCUGAUGCAACAGCGCGACUCCGAGUACUGCGAGUUUCGAGAAUUGUCUGCGCGAGUCAUGACCUGGAAUGCCGGCGCCGUGAAGCCGACCACGUUGCGGCAGUCGGGCGAUCGCGACUUCCUGCGCGACAUUGUCGAGCCGGAGAACCCACCAGACAUUCUGGUGUUUGGCUUCCAGGAGCUCGUCGACCUGGAGAACAAGAAGAUCACCGCCAAAAGCUUCUUCAAGAAGAAGAAGCAAAAGGAGAGCUCCGAGCACGAGCACAUGUCGCACCAGUACCGAGCCUGGAAAGACCACCUGAUACGAGUCUUGGACGAGCAUGCGCCGAGAGAGAACUACAUUUUGCUGCACACGGCCAACCUGGUUGGCCUUUUCACCUGUGUCUUUGUCAAGUCGUCGGAGCGGAAUAACAUUCGGGAUGUGAGCGCUGCUGAGAUCAAGCUGGGCUUCAGUGGUCGCGUGGGGAACAAGGGCGCGUUGGUCGUUCGCUUCCUACUUGACGAUUCUUCUCUGUGCCUGAUCAACUGCCAUCUUGCAGCAGGCCAGACGCAGACCACGCACCGGAACAACGAUGCAGCCUCGAUCAUGGAAGCGGCGCCGCUGCCGAAGAACCGGUCUCCGUCGGAUUGUGCAAACUUCUUCGUGGGCGGUGGAGAUGGCUCGAUGAUCCUAGACCACGAGAUCUGCAUCCUGAACGGCGACUUGAACUAUCGCAUCGACGCCAUGCCACGAAACACAGUCAUCGACUGCGUACGGCAAGGUAACCUGGCCAAGUUGCUGGAGCGCGAUCAGCUCCUCCUCUCCCGCAAGCGCAACCCCGGCUUCCGCCUGCGCGCGUUCAACGAAAUGCCCAUUGAGUUUGCGCCCACAUACAAGUACGACGUCGGCACGGACAACUACGACACCUCGGAGAAGAAGCGCUCGCCCGCCUGGUGCGACCGCCUGCUGUACCGCGGCUUGGGUAGGAUCAAGCAGCUCGACUACAGGCGGCACGACGGCGUGAGGGUAUCAGACCACCGACCAGUCAGCGGUCGCUUCAAGUUCCGCGUCAAGACGAUCAACUCGAAGAAGCAAGACGCCGCGCGUGACAAGUCCGAGGUUGAGUUCGAGGCUGUGAGGAGACGCAUAGCCAACGAUAUCAAGCGGGACUAUCUGAUUAAUGUAUUCGGGCUGUCAGCCAAGGAGGCUCAGCAAGCGCUCAAGAGCGCGUGAGAGACCUUGGGAUGCUGUGUGACCCACGGGAAACGAAUCCUGGUCAAGCGAGCGUGAAAAGCAUUGCAUUGCAGGGCGAAUUGGGAUUUGGCGCCAUGGAGACGCGUGCCAGACGUG